AAGCGAUGAUAAUUUAUGUAAUAAUAGGCUGCAAUGCAACUCUGCCGGCUAAAAUUGGUCAAAUUUACUUGUAACACUCAGAGUUGCAUACCUGAUCUGUUCAGCUGAAGCUAGGAAGAAGAAGGAAGAAGCAGAAGAGCUUAAGCUUGCUCAAAGAUGGACAAAGUCAACGACUUGAAUUGCAUAUACAGAAACCCGAAUGAACCCAUUGAAGCUCGAGUCAAGGACCUCCUUCCGCGCAUGACUUUGAGAGAGAAGGCCGGCCAGAUGACCCAAAUCGAGCGCCGGGUCUCCACCCCAGAAGCCAUCAGAGACUUAUCAAUCGGGAGUAUACUCAGUGCUGGAGGCAGUGUGCCCUUUGAGAAUGCCUUAUCAAAGGACUGGGCAGAUAUGGUCGACGGGUUUCAGAGGUCCGCACUUGAAAGCCGGCUCGGAAUACCGAUGAUAUAUGGGAUUGAUGCGGUUCAUGGGAACAACUGUGUAUAUGGUGCCACCAUAUUCCCUCACAAUGUUGGUCUUGGGGCAUCCAGAGAUGCUGAUUUGGCUGAAAGGAUUGGUGCUGCAACUGCUCUUGAAGUCAGGGCCAGUGGCAUUCACUAUACUUUUGCUCCCUGUGUUGCUGUUUGCAAAGAUCCCAGAUGGGGAAGAUGCUAUGAGAGUUUCAGUGAAGACACUGAAAUUGUUAGAAAGAUGACUACCAUUGUGACAGGCUUGCAGGGGCAGCCACCCAAAGGACAUCCAAGGGGCUACCCUUUUGUAAUGGGAAGAAGCAAAACUAUUGCAUGUGCCAAGCAUUUUGUCGGAGAUGGGGGUACACAUAAAGGUCUAAACGAGGGAAAUACCAUAUCAUCUUACGAGGACUUAGAGAGGAUUCAUAUGGCACCAUAUCUGGACUGUAUUUCUCGGGGAGUUUCUACUGUUAUGGCAUCCUAUUCCAGCUGGAAUGGAAGUAAAUUACAUGGUGAUCGUUUUCUCCUGACAGAAGUAUUGAAAGAUAAGCUAGGAUUUAAGGGUUUUGUGAUUUCUGACUGGGAAGCACUUGACAAACUUUGUGAACCUCAAGGUUCGGACUAUCGUUUCUGCAUUUCAUCUUCUGUUAAUGCAGGAGUUGACAUGGUGAUGGUGCCUUUCAGAUAUGAACAGUUUGUGGAGGAUUUGGUAUAUCUGGUGGAGCAUGGGGAGAUACCGAUGUCCAGGAUAGAUGAUGCUGUUGAAAGAAUACUGAGAGUGAAGUUUGUUGCCGGUAUUUUUGAGCAUCCUUUCUCUGAUAGAUCCUUGCUAGACAUAGUUGGUUGCAAGCUGCAUAGAGAUCUAGCACGGGAAGCGGUUCGCAAGUCCUUGGUUAUGUUGAAGAAUGGAAAGGACCCAAGCAAACCUUUUCUCCCAUUAGAUAGAAAAGUAAAAAGAAUACUUGUUACUGGAACACAUGCCGAUGAUCUUGGAUAUCAGUGUGGAGGAUGGACAGCAACUUGGGAUGGUCGCAGUGGCAGGAUCACAAUUGGCACAACUGUCUUGGAAGCUAUCGAGAAGGCUGUUGGAGAUGAUACAGAAAUUAUUUAUGAGCUAUGUCCGUCGACAGAGACCUUAGCACGCCAAGAUAUCUCUUUUGCAGUCGUAGCUGUUGGUGAAGGUCCAUAUGCGGAAUUCAGGGGUGACAAUUCAACGCUUGUGAUCCCCUUUAAUGGAGCUGAUGUUAUAAGCUCAGUUGCCGACAGAUUCCCCACGCUGGUGAUUCUGAUAUCUGGAAGGCCCUUAACUUUAGAGCCCCAACUCUUGGAAAAGAUGGAUGCUCUUGUCGCUGCUUGGUUGCCUGGUAGCGAAGGAGAGGGAAUUACAGAUGUUAUCUUCGGAGAUUAUGACUUUGAGGGCAGACUACCAGUUUCAUGGUUUAAAAGUGUUGAACAGCUUCCCAUGAACGCCAGAGACAACUCAUAUGACCCUUUAUAUCCUCUUGGCUUCGGGUUGACUUACAAUAAGGGAAGGUCCUUGCGCUAAAAUCAUUCGAUGACUGAGACCGUUCUCAAGAGUAGACUGAGUUUCCUGAGUCUAUUUGAGCAGAGCCACCGUUCAGGAAUAAUUUCCACCUAGAUGUUAAAUGUCUCUGUACUUAAUUGAAUGUAUGAAUUUAUCCUGUUCUUUUCUUAUGUUACCUUAUUACCGUGCCGCUUGUUCCUUGUCAUUAUAGUCAGCUGGCAUGAAGGGUCGACUGUGGGAUGUUUUCGUAGAUCGGAUACAAGUCAUACUAUCGGAUCGAUGUACAAUGUCAAUUUGAAAUUCGGUUCUUUACAAUAGAGAGAUAGAAGGACGAGGUUUCCAGUCUCAUAUAUCGCAACUAAAGCUUCGGAUCCCAACUGAUAUUAUUGACAAUGGUAUGUCUUUAUCUGUUA